UCCUCAGCCUGCAAGCACAGAUUGCUUCCUCAAUGCAGUCGACAUGAAUUUUCUGACGGUGCUCUGCCUAACGGCUGUCGCGGCCAGUUGCUCCGGCCAGGUGCCUACCUUGCCCGGCAUCUUCGGCGCCUUCCCCGGUCUCUACCACGGCCUGUUCUCCAAACACCCGAGCUUCCUUCGGUACGGUCACGCGCGCUCCUCGCCGGGCAUCUGGCAGACGUUCAUACAGUCUGCGCCGAAAGGGUCUAUCGCCCAUCAUGCCGCUGUCACUACGCCUGUCACUCUGCAAAACCAUGUGCCGGCUCAGGUCACACUCAACCAUGUGCCGUCCUUGCCUGUGUACUUCAACUCACUGGCAAGUAACCAAGUUCUGCUUCAGUCGCCAGCCCAAACGCCUGUCACGCUGAAGCUGGCUGUCCCCACGUCUGCCGGCGCUGCAGGCUUUGGACCCAUCGUGCUUCAGGCUACGUCUGACAGUCUCAAGGUCGGAGAUCCCAAAAUUGUCCACAGUCUGACACCUACACCUGUCAGUGUUGCACAUAUUGCACCUGUCGUUUAUAAGGCAGAAACAUCUGACGAAGCCAAGAACGAAGAAGCAAACACUGUCACCUUCAAGACUUCCGUUCCUGCAACUUUUCAGGCCGUGGCUCCAGCGCCCGUCACUUACGGUGUAGCAGCGCCCACACCUGUCAAUAUCGAGGGUGCAAUCCCUGGCCCUAUUAUUCAAGCCGUACCUUCGGCACCUGCCCCUCUCACUGUAGCAGCUGGCGCACCUGCUCCUCUUGCUGUAGCUGCGCCUGGCCCUCUUACUGUAGCAGCAGGCGCACCUGCUCCGCUCGCUGUAGCUGCGCCUGGCCCUCUCACUGUAGCAGCUGGCGCAUCUGCUCCUCUCACUGUAGCAGCUGGCGCACCUGCUCCUCUUGCUGUAGCUGCGCCUGGCCCUCUCACUGUAGCAGCAGGCGCACCUGCUCCGCUCGCUGUAGCUGCGCCUGCCCCUGUCACUGCCCAGGUUAGUGUUGCAGCUGCGGCACCAGCUGCUGUCCCUGUGGCAGCUGCUGCGCCUGUCACCCUAAAUGCAGCGCCUGCCGUCGCAGUCCCUGGGGUGCAGUCCCAGUACCAUGCCCAGGACGAGCUCGGCCAGUACUCCUUUGGCUACUACAACAGCCAGUCCUCUCGCGCUGAGACCCGCGACGCGACCGGGACCGUGCGAGGCGCCUUCAGCUACGUGGACCCGAACGGCCAGGUCCAGACCCAGCACUACGUGGCCGACUCGAACGGCUUCCGCGUGGCCGGCACCAACCUGCCCGUGGGACCCGGCACUCCGGUGGUCGGAAGGCACCCGCACCUCAACCCAGGCACACCCCUCGUAUACAGUACCCUACCCUACACCGCCGGCGCAACCGCUGUCGGCGGAACACUGCAUGUGAGUCCCGGUUCCCCCCUGGUUUAUAGCAACCUCCCUGUGGCUUUUGGCUCUCCUGUCGUCACCACUAGCAGUGACGCUGACGACGAUGAUGUCGAGGAGUAGCCGCAGGUCGGGGUCUGGAUUUGACGGAGUGCAACCGUAGGGUUAGGUACUAAUAUUGUGAUACGACUUGGGGACUUGCCGUGCACUCAGUAAUCGCUGGCUUAAUGUAGUGUGGUCCGUCUGGAUGCUGUAGACAAACCCAAAGUGUGCUAUUUUUGCUGUGAUUUUUGAUGAAUAAAUAAUUCCUCUUGG